AUGACCCACCAGGCUCUGUCCGAGGACGACCAAGAAGUGUUGAAGGUGAUGGACCUUCGUCUGGAGUUGAACGAGAAUUUCGACCAUCUGCUGUUUUCGAGAAAGAUCAACCAGCUGGCGGAGGGAGCAGGUGUGGGAGGGGGUGCCGACCACGAGGGAGGAGGCGAGAAGACGGGACGCGUUGUGAUUGAGUACAGCGUCGAGGAGGAGGAGGAGAUCGAGGAGGAUACAUCGAGGCAGGCUCAGCACGGGGCGAGCGGCCCGGGCGGCGAUGCGAACCAGGACGAGGACUUGACCUCGGGAUCGAGCUCCGGCUCGAGCUCGAGCAAUGAGUCGGUCGAGGACGACGGCGAGGGCGCCGGACAUCGAAUGGAGCGUACGGGGGAGCACGGAGUGGCGCUCGGGGAGCGGGUGGACAAGCGAGUAGAGCUUAUCGAGCAGCAGGCGACAGGGGAAACAAAGGCUGUCGAGGAGCAGGAGGGCGGAGCGGCUGCGCAGGAGGGUGGGGUCGGAGGGCAGCAGCAGGUGGUGGGCGAGGCGGCUGCGCAGGAGGGCGGGGCAGGAGGGCAGCAGCAGGAGGGUGUGGCGGCUGCGCAGGAGGGUGGGGCAGGAGUGCAGCAGCAGGAGUUUAGGGUUGCGGCUGCGCAGGUGGGUGGGUCGGGAGGGCAGGAGCAGGAGGACGGGGAGGCUGCUGAGGAGUAUCGUCGAGGAGAUGAGCGACAGGCCGCCGUAACAAGGAGUCACCGCACGGCCAGUGGCAGCGGACAGGCGGGCCCUUCGACCGGGUGGCCUUCGACGGCAGGCCAAUCGACGGCGAACGUUGCACCCGGAGGCCAGGUCGUCGAGCUACUGCAGAGGGUCGAGGCGUCGCAGAAGCAGCUCGUCGCCGAUAUAUUUGCGAAACACACUGAGCAAGCCCGAGUAUUCAACAGGCUUGCUGUGGAUUUUUGGACGGCGUGGAAUACGAUUUCGGAGUCGUCGAAGAGCACACUGUCGAAGUGCGCCGAGGCUGUGAAGGGUGUCACGGCGGAGAGGAACCUGUUGGAAGGGGCGCGGGCGAAGAUCGACGAGAUGAGCGGGAAGAUCAUCGAGGGGGUGGUAGCCGCCAUCACAAAAGCGAGCGAGGACGCCGUCGAGAAGCAGCUCAAGCAGGUCGAGGAGCGGCUGGUUGCUGCGGUGCUGAAGGGUUUCGAGAAAGCCAUCAUGGAGGACAUGUUUUGCUCCACCCUCCCACCUGAGACCAUGAAGGAGCUGAAGGACAUUGUGAGGGAAGGCUACCAUGAAGCCGAAGCAGGGAGGUUGGAAGUCCUCACCGAAGCGAUGGCGAGAGGUUUUCAACGCUCGGCGGGCCCGUCGACGAGGUCGCGUCAGGAGGGUGUGGGAGGGGUUCGCAGCGGGGCUGAGCCUCGAGGUCACGAGCGGUCGGUUCCUCCGUCUUCUUUGGUGGGAGGACAUGUCGGCAGCCCGGUUGGAUCCCCACCGGCGCGUGGCCGUCAUCCCGUCGCCAAGCCCGUCCCCAAAGUCAUCGUACUCGACCAGUCAGCCCUCCCGAAGAUCUCCGUGGCGGCUCCGAUCGAUCAACCUGAUGCGUUUGCUUCGAUGCGGGACAUGCUGCAAGACCUGGGGAAAACGGGUGGGAAAGGAGUGGUCGCGGGGGAGAAAAGUGGUGCCCCGAACGAGCACGUCGCCUCGACCGGGAACAGAGCCCUAGGAAUGCGAGGUGCCUCUACCCCGUCAGGCGGCGGUGCGGGGAAAGGAGCGGGAGAAGCAAGCGCAGGGUUGCUGUCGAAGACUAAAGCGGCAUCAGCUACGCACGGCGGUGGUGCUGGCCUUGCUGUCGGGCUUGUGGGAAAUUUGGCGUCUUCCUCAACCCCUCCAGUUGCUCCUGUCGCCGCUGCUCCGUCCCUAGGCAACGUUUUCCUUAGCGAUCCGGGCUCCCCUUCAAAGUCGUCGAAGCGCGCUGCACACGCGACAGAGAGCAUUGACGUGGUGGAGCUGGCCAGCGUCCCUGGUCAGGCGCCUGUCGAGAAGACCUCUAUUGUUGUUGCUGCUCGACAGGAAAAGGCGAAGAAGGCCAGGGUCACGGGUCACACCCCACCUCCUCGACCGGACGACCAAGGCAAGACGAGAGGCUGCAAACGUCCCUUCAAAGGACCGGGUUUCGGGUUGCGGAAGGGGAAGCUGGUUUCCGAGCAGACCGUCGGCGGGAGGAAGCGGUUCCUUGGCACUUUUGAAACAGAGAAGGACCAGAAGUUCUGUACGGCCGUCUGCUGGCGCGUGUACUUCCCCGACGUUGUCCUUACGGAGUAUGAAGGGUACACGGCGCAGGAUGAGGAGGACUGGAAGGUCUACCUCGAUGCGGCCGCAGAAAUGCCAACCGGCGUUUGGAGCGUGGCGCAAGAACAAGGGGAAUGUCGUUUCGACAAGUAA